AUGGCAACCGUUGCUCUACGUCAUACUUCAUCGGACAGCUUAUCAUCUGCUGCUCGGUUCGCGUGUAGCUCACUAUUGGACACUCGGAUUACCAAUAACAGCAGCCGAGUCUUCUGCAUAUCUGCAGUGAUGGUUGUUUUAUACACUCUCGCGAUUGGUUGGCCGACAUAUAAACCAUUCGAUCCCGCGCCAUUCGAUUCCCACUUAACAUUCAUUGAUAAACAAAACUGCCUACUGUCUCAAUUUAAACUCUCUCGCUCAUUUCCAUUUUCCCCUCUAACUUACAGCAUUCUUCUAACGCCCUUUGCUACCGCCCAGCUCCCACUCAGUCUUCAGAAUCUCGUCGUCGAAAAUGUUGCCAUCGGCGAGUGCGCUUCCCGACCGUCAGCUUCGGCCCAACAGCAAACCGUAUCCCCUCCGGGCAACCCGUCCAACUCCAACAGCAUCCGUCCGGCGUGCUUCUUCACACCACCGAACCGUACGGUGUGCUUCCGUGGAAUUGAAAUGAAACGGUUCCAGACCGGAGGCAAAUUUAAUCUCACGCGUUGGCUGAUACUGUGCGAUUGGCCACUAAAAACGUUCGAUCCGCUCAUACUGAGUAGAUUAGUGCCGCGUAUUGAAAGGUUAGCCGUAACGGGACACGUAUUACAACGACUGGUACACGAUUUUCCCGCUCUGCCGUAUCUGCGGAUGGUCAACAUCACCGGCACUCGAUUGAACCAUACCGGUGUGAACGCAUUCUACGAACUGGAAAGAUUACAGGUGCUUAACCUGCGAGGGAACGAGCUAGAACAGAUACAACCGUACCGCUUCCGGAGCGGUCACGUGGAGGUCUAUUUGCAAGGUAAUCUAUGGAACUGCACCAACGACAUGAUAUGGUUGCUGAAGGAACAAUCACGCCAAUACGUGGACAAACCGACACUCGUGUGCAAAGAUUGGAAGUACACAGGACGGCCCGUCCUUACCGCCAUGGAGUACAAGCGUGUCGUCCGGGAAAGUUGUCUGCAUGAAGAAAUUUGGAACUGCAGCUGCCACGUGUCAUACCUGAGGUUGAGUGAUAAUGGACUAUCCUUCCAUCCCAUGAUAAUGGUUAAUUGUAGCGAUCGGGGAUUCUACCAGCUACCACAGUACCUGCCAGGGAACACAACCGUACUGCAUAUAGCGCGCAAUAAGCUGCAAACAGUCGACAGUUUAACAACGAACGAACACUACCAAAACGUGCAGGACAUCUAUCUGGAUGAAAACCGGAUAACCACCAUCGACAUCCUGGAGGACACGAUAUGGUUGGAUAAUUUCCGUAUCCUUAGUUUACGGGGUAACCGGCUGAAUCGGAUACGCGUGUACAGUGUCGAGCACGCAAUAGAGCGGAAUCCAGCCGUGGGGAAGCUCUACCUUUCCAACAAUCCGUGGCGGUGCGGGUGUCGCUUCGCGAUACGUUUCCAGCGAUUUCUGCGCAAGCACGAAUCGUUGGUUGCGGAUUCCCGCAACAUUACCUGUUACUUUAUCAACGACGAUGAUGGCCGAAAGCAGUACCUUCCGGUGCUGACGGUAACACCCAACGAUAUAUGCCGACCAUCAGAGCACAAUACCGCCGCAUUCUACAAUACGCUCAGCAUUAUCUUCGCGUCGCUAAUUGUACUUAUAUUCACGAAAUUAGCGUACGACUAUUAUCACUAUCGCAAGUAUGGUAAACUGCCAUGGUUAAUUAUGAAGAUGCCCUGAUGUUUACCGAUGAUGUUAACGCAACAUCGGAGGCAGCAGCAGCAAUUGUACUUAAGGUAAUGGCUGUAGGCUCAAAACAAAAUCCAAAAGAUUGAUUGUGAUAGUUACGGUACACGAAUCUACAUUUCAAACGAUCCAAAGCCAGCAAAAACAGCUCAAAAAUGUUACAAAUAAAUCAGGGACUCUGUACGUUAAAGCUAACCAUUCUCAAAUUUCCUUAUACUAUUAAGAAAAAUAUUAAAUUUUAGCAAAACAUUAUUUAUAGUUGUGAGAAUGUUUCUAACGAUCGUUUCCAAUAAAAAUGAUUAA